CCGGGCGGAGCGCUGAGGGGCCGGCCGCCAUGGCGGGCCCGCUGCUGCAAGGCUAUGGGCUGGCGGCAGCCUUGCGGAGCCGCGCUGCUCUCCGCCCGCUGGGGUUGCUGGUCCCCCCGAGCCGCGGGGUGGCCGACCUGGGGCCGGGGCACGGGGAGGCGGCGCUGGAGGAGAACCCCUUCUACGGGAAGUACCGACAUAAGAUCCAGGAGCUGCGGAGAUCCAGUCCAGAUGUGUUUGAAUCCCGUAUGGAAAAAAGAACUGAAGUGAAAAAGCAGCCUGUGGGAUACUCCAAUCAGGGAGAAUUUAUCAGAUGCAUGGAGGAAAAGGCAAAAGGCUUGGGCUCAAAGACAUCUAAGGGUGGAUUCACAAAAGACAAGACACUUGAUUCAAUUCUGAAUGUUGAGAUGGUGAAAGAAAAGUCAGCGGAGGAGAUAAAACAGAUUUGGAAUCAGUAUUUUUCUGCAAAAGAUACGGUUUAUGCUGUUAUUCCUGCAGAAAAGUUUGAUUUAAUAUGGGAGAGAGCCCAGAAAUGUCCAUCGUUUCUAUAUGCUUUGCCAAGAAAAGAAGGCUACGAGUUCUUUGUGGGGCAGUGGUCAGGAACAGAAUUGCACUUCACUUCCCUAAUAAACGUUCAGACCCAAGGUGAAACUGCCCCUAGCCAGUUGGUCCUGUACCAUUUUCCUGAUCUACAGAAGGAAAAAGGGAUAGUUCUAAUGACAGCAGAAAUGGACUCCAAGUUCUUGGUGGUGCAUGAAGCACAGUGCUUGGCGAAUCAGGUGCAGCUUUUCUAUGCAACAGAUCGUUCCGAGACCUAUGAACUAGUGGAGACCUUCAACCACAGAUCUAGUGAAUUUAAAUAUAUGUCAGUUAUAGCAGAGCUUGAGCAAAGCGGGCUUGGAAGAGAACUGAGACCUGGUCAGAUUUCUGACAAGUCACAGAGCUGACCUGCAGGUGAAGUGAGCCAGCAGCAGUGAGGGUUUCCUACAUGGGGUGGUGCUGUGUCUUUUGGUUUACAGAUUUGGUUUGGAUACAGAAAGGAUCUGGAGACAUCCUGGGAGUGUCAAGCCUGUCUUGCACUCAUGCAAGAUGAGGACUUGGGCCAUAUGAACAACCAUAAUUGCCAAAAUGGAGCCCUGGAACUUCAUUAGAACAAGCCAUUUUCCCAUCCUCUGACUUACUGCUGCAUGCUGUAUUUUUGAAAUCUGAAGUGACAGAAGAGAAGCUCUGUAACGGACUGCACUGACAUCAGGAGAGACCCAAAAACCAAUGUUUCUGCUCAGUAAAUGCAUUUAAAUGCCCUCUGCCAUUAUAAUUGCAUGGUCCAGUGCUUUUUAAUCUGUGUGGAAUUUAUACAGGCUUGUCCAUCAAGAAAAGAGAGUAGGGCUGACGGUCUCAAACAAAUGCCUCUUUGUUACUUUGUGAGGUUCCUUACACAGAUGUGUACUGUGGCCUGUGUUUUUCUCAGGAUUGAAAAAUAGAGUGACUAGA